GAACUCUCUUCCUUACAUCCCCUUUAGCAAGGUAUUCACAAUGGCUGCUGCUGCUAGGACGCUUCGCAUAGGUCUCAUCCCCGGUGACGGCAUCGGCCGAGAGGUCAUUCCGGCCGGCCGGAAGGUUCUGGAGUCUCUCCCCUCCUCCAUGAACCUCAAGUUCAGCUUCGUCGACCUAGAUGCGGGUUUCGACACCUUCAAGCGCACCGGUAGCGCUCUCCCCGAUAAGACGGUCGAGAUCCUCAAGAAGGAGUGUGAUGGUGCCCUGUUCGGAGCUGUCAGCUCCCCCAGCACCAAGGUCGCCGGCUACUCCUCCCCCAUCGUCGCCCUCCGCAAGAAGCUCGACCUGUACGCCAACGUCCGCCCCGUCAAGACCACCGCCGGCAGCACCGACGGCAAGCCCAUUGACCUGGUGAUUGUGCGUGAGAACACCGAGGAUCUCUACGUCAAGGAGGAGCAGACCAAGGAGACCCCCAAUGGCAAGGUUGCCGAGGCUAUUAAGCGUAUCUCCGAGAACGCUUCCUCCCGCAUCUCCACCAUUGCCGGUGAAAUCGCCCUCCGUCGCCAGAAGAUCCGCAGUGUUGCUGGUAUCGCUGGUCUCCGCACCGAGCCCAUGGUGACCAUCACCCACAAGUCCAACGUUCUCUCCCAGACCGACGGUCUCUUCCGUGAGACCGCCCGCAAGGCCCUCUCCGCCGACCGCUUCUCCUCCGUCCAGGUUGAGGAGCAGAUUGUCGACUCCAUGGUUUACAAGCUCUUCCGUCAGCCCGAAUACUACGACGUCAUUGUCGCCCCCAACUUGUACGGUGACAUUUUGUCGGAUGGUGCCGCUGCCCUGGUUGGCAGUCUGGGACUGGUUCCUAGCGCUAACGUUGGUGAUGGCUUCGCUAUCGGUGAGCCCUGCCACGGCAGUGCCCCUGACAUUGAGGGCAAGGGUAUUGCCAACCCCAUUGCCACUCUGCGCAGUGUUGCCUUGAUGCUGGAGUUCUUGGGCGAGGAGACUGCCGCUGCCAAGAUCUACACUGCUGUUGAUGCCAAUCUCGAUGAGGCCAAGUUCCUUUCUCCUGACAUGGGUGGUAAGGCUACUACCCAGGAGGUUCUGGAUGAUGUCUUGAAGAGGUUGUAAAGGGUUGUUGGAAAUGACUCUUGAUGUAUAAAUAGCGAGAUAAAAGAAUAAGCUUUCUAGAGCGAAUAUGAUGU